CCUGCGGACAAGGCUGACUUCCUCCCACAGGGUCUGGGGCGGGGCACACAGGAAGGCCCUGUGACUGGCCCUGGCAGUCACCCACUGAGGCAGCAGCUGUGCUGCCAAGACAAUCAGCUGGGCAACCUUCCCCCAGGGCUUCAGAAUGGACCUGUGUCACCCAGACUCAGCGGAGCUGAGCAGCAGGGAGGCUGAGGAGCUGCAACAGAUCAAGUGGCACCGCAAGCAACUGCUGGAGGACAUCCAGAAGCUGAAGGAUGAGAUCGCAGAUGUAUUUGCCCAGAUUGACUGCUUCGAGAUCGCCGAGGAGAGCCGGAUGGCACAGAAGGAGAAGGAGAUGUGUAUUGGGCGCAAGAAGUUCAACAUGGACCCCACCAAGGGCAUCCAGUAUCUCACUGAUCACAAGCUGCUAACCCCUAACGUCCAGGACAUUGCCCAGUUCCUGUACAAGGGUGAAGGCCUCAACAAGACAGCCAUUGGCACCUACCUGGGGGAGAAGAACCCCAUCAAUCUGCAGGUCCUGCAGGCCUUUGUGGACUGCCACGAGUUUGCCAACCUCAACCUCGUCCAGGCCCUCAGGCAGUUCCUGUGGAGCUUCCGGCUGCCUGGUGAGGCCCAGAAGAUUGACCGCAUGAUGGAGACCUUCGCUGCUCGCUACUGCCUCUGCAACCCAGGCGUCUUCCGGUCCACAGACACCUGCUACGUGCUGUCCUUCUCCGUCAUCAUGCUCAACACAGGCCUGCAUAACCCCAACGUCCGGGACAGGCCACCCUUUGAGCGCUUCGUGUCCAUGAACCGAGGCAUCAACGAUGGCAGCGACCUGCCAGAGGAGCAACUGCGGAACCUCUUCGACAGCAUUAAGAGUGAGCCCUUCUCCAUCCCCGAGGAAGAUGGCAGUGACCUCACCCACACCUUCUUCAACCCUGACCGCGAGGGCUGGCUGCUCAAACUGGGAGGCCGGGUGAAGACGUGGAAGCGGCGCUGGUUCAUCCUCACAGACAACUGCCUGUACUACUUCGAGUUCACCACUGACAAGGAGCCUCGGGGGAUCAUCCCACUGGAGAACCUCUCUGUGCAGAAAGUGGACGACCCCAAGAAGCCGUUCUGUCUGGAGCUGUACAGCCCGAGCUUCCGGGGCCAGAAGAUAAAGGCAUGCAAGACGGACGGGGACGGUAAGGUGGUGGAGGGCAAGCAUCAGUCCUACCGCAUCUCAGCUGCCAGCGCCGAGGAGCGUGACCAGUGGAUUGAGGCCAUCAGGGCCAGCAUCACCCGUGUCCCCUUCUACGACCUGCUGGCUGCUAGGAAAAAGAAGAUCGCUGGCAAGCACAGGAGGAUCACAGCAUCCCUGGAAGCUUCCAGCUCAGAGGUGUCCCUGCAAGUCCCUUCCCCCUCACACUGGGCUGGGCCCUCCCUGCCAGAGCAGAAAUCAGCACACACCCAGCACCUUGGUGGACUCUGGAAGCCUCAGAUCAUAUUUCUGAGUAUGUAUAUCCUGUGUAUCUUCUGCCAAACCACACCCCUUCUCUGGUUCUUGCAAAACUACAAAGUUUGGACAGGAAGCAUCUUGGCCCUGCUGACUCUGCAAGUCAGAGGGAGCUGGGAUACUAGGUAACUGACCCAGACAGACUAAGCUGGAAGGUUCUGAGGAGAAUGGUUCAGGUACCACUCCCAAGGGUGUCGACAUGAGGAGAGAAACCAGGGAGAACCUCAAGACGGUGGCAACAACUGACGAAGACAGGACUGAGCUGCAAUGAAAACACCAUGAGGAGAGAACUCUGCAGGCUGUGCCUACCAGGAGGGCUAUCCGGAGGUGGUGGGAAUCCAGCCAGUGGUGCAGAACUCAUUAGACAGACUCUCUGCCAUGGCACCUGCGCUGGACACUUGGCCAUCAGAGCCAUGGUAAAGAGAAGCCACAGAGUGGGUCCCAGUACCUCAAGACACUCCAGCCUUGUGCCAGAGCAAAGCCAGCUUCUGAUACACAGUAGGCUGCUCUGCCCCCAGAGAUGCUCCUCCAAAAUACUUGUUACCCUCUCUCCAGCCUGGGGAACCCCUGGGGGAAAAUUCAGCAGUGCAGUCAGAAAUGGGGCUUCCCGUGCCAGCCCAAGUGCCCAGCGGGAACAGUGGGUGACCAGGCUGCUCUCAUUCUUUCCAGUCCCUACCCCUCAUUCUACCCCCAUUUUCCCCAGUCCCUACCCCCCACACACACACAUAUGCACAUUUACCACAGGGUCAGGGGGAGAAACACCAUGGGAGGGGGUGAGACCCCCAACUCAGAAGGGUACAAGUAUCUGGGAGCCAGGGCGUUGGCAGAGGGAGCCCUUGCUGGAUAAUUAAGAACUUUCUUGUCAGGUGAGCCCCCCUUAGCUGCCCCUAUUUGGGGGUUUGGGGAAAUACACACAGGGGCUGUGUAAUUUGUCCCCUCCCCUGUCUGGUCCUCAGCUUCAUCCCCAUCACCAAAGUAGUGGGAGAAGUGGUUUGCUUUCUGUUCUAACACUCAGAAGCAAGAAUAAAGCUCAUGAUCCAACUGGU